GAAAUAAUUUUUAUUUUAUUUUUUUAUUUGUAACAGCGUGUUUGAAAAUUUAUAAGUGAACUUUUUAUUCUCUACUAUUACAAGAUAAUAGUAGAUUAAACUUGGUUUAAUAGUGACAAAUUGUGUUUGAACGCUCAACGAAAUUGUGUCUGCCAUUACUUAUCCGUAACGGGAUAACAGUUUGGUUCUACGCCCUUUGUUCUAAACAAGUGUUAAAUUAGCCAAGUGCAUGCAUCUUUCCCUGCAAUACACAGGAUUUUUGAACGAGGAGUGUGAUGAUACUAUUAUCGAAUUAUCCAAACUCUCGAUCGCUGAUCAGUCGCACGAGGUCACUGUAUUAGACACCUUCCAUGAUACUUCGAGCCGUUUAGCUACACCAAGGGAUUACGUGUUGCGUCGAUGCGGCCAGGCGGACGCGAUACUAUUUGAUGAAUGCUAUCCGGACACGGUGUUGAAAAACUGCCACAAAAUCGGCGAAGGGGUGUACGGCGAAGUGUUUUUGUGGCGUGCCAGAGAUGGCCGUGCUCGCGUGCUGAAGAUAGUGCCAAUCGCCGGCACUCUCAAGGUCAAUGGGGAGAGUCAGAAGGACUUCCACGAAAUCAUAUCUGAGAUUGUGAUUGCUAUGGAAUUAAGCGCACUACGCGCUCCCAUAGCCGAAAUAAAUCGCCACUUUGAUGAAGGGAAGGACGUCGAGGCACUCAAUCUACACGCUAUAGAAAAUGCAACUGAUGUAUUCAAUGAGGUGCUAGCUGUGAAGUGCGUAUACGGCAGCUACCCAGCUCGCUUGCUCGACCUGUGGGACCUUUAUGACGAGUGCAAAGGCUCUGAGAACGACAACCCAGCCAUCCUACCAGCGGACCAGCAGUUCAUAGUGUUGGAACUAGCCAACGCCGGGCAAGACUUGGAGAGCUACCAGUUCAAUAACGCUGAGCAGGCGUAUGCUUUGUUCCUGCAGGUGGCGUAUGGUCUGGCAGUUGCCGAGGAAGCCUUCCAGUUUGAGCAUAGAGAUCUCCACUGGGGUAACGUGCUGAUCGCACCAACUGAUCAGAAGUACGCGACGUUCGUCCUGCGCGGUCGCGCGCUGCGCGUGGCCCGCUGCGGCGUGGCGGGCACGGUGAUCGACUACUCGCUGUCGCGCGUGUCGCUGCCGCUGGCGGCCGGCGAGUGCGCCGCGCUCUACAACGACCUGGCUGCCGACGACUCGCUCUUCGACGCAGUCGGCGACUACCAGUUCGAGGUCUACCGCCUCAUGAGAGAUAAGUUGGGAAAUGAUUGGAAAAACUUCGAGCCUUACACGAACAUCCUGUGGCUACAUUACACUGUUGAUAAAAUGAUAACGUCCCUCCGCUACAAGAGGACAAACACUAAGAUUCACAAGCACUACAUUGACAAGCUGAAGGGAAUCAAGAGCAGAAUACUUGACUACGGCAGUGCUGCGCUUUUUGUGCUUACAGACAACGAAAUAUAACGAACAAAUUAUGAUAAUAUACAAAACAAUUUGAUGUGUAAAUUAAUUCAAACUAGUCUUAACAAUGGUUUUAAUAAACUGCUGCUAUUGCUAUAAAUCUGACAUGAAAAUGAAUCGCAUAAAUUAUAAUAAUGUAAAUAAAGUUUGCUUUGGUAAAUUCGAUGAAAUGAUAGACGCUAAAAGAGUUAUUUACAAUGUUGUCGCAUUAUUAGAACAGUAUAAAGGUGCCUUUAUAGAUAAGGUAGUGCCUUUGUUCACAUUAAUAAAUUCAUAUAUUGUGUUCCGAAA